AUGUCUGAAAAGAAGUAUUGUAUGAGUACUGAACGAAUAAAAGUCUCAAUUGUGGAAGAUAUUAUAUUUAGAGAAGAAAUAGAUACUGUAGUUAGAGAACAAGUUACCAUUAGAGAAAAGGUAAAAGUUAUAACAGAGAAGGAUAUAGAAGUUACAAAUAAAGAGGAG